CGCAUGAAAACACAUUAUUAAUAUUGCUCUUCUGAUAGUGCUUAGUCAGGCAACCAGCUUAUUUUCGUAAUUCGAAGAGAAAAGCACAGUUCCAACGAACAGGAAAAUGCCAACGAAGACGGAAACACGAACAUGGUGGACCUACAUCACCGCUCCACGACCAUGGGCUUUCUCUGCGUCGAUGACACCUGUCGCACUUGGAUCUGUUUUGUGGUACAAGACAACAAAUGAUUUUAAUCCGCUCGUCUAUGUCCUCACUUGCAUCACUGUUGUGGCGGUUCAAGCAGGCGGAAAUUUAGUCAAUACCUACUACGACUACGUCAAUGGAGUUGACAGCAAAGUUUCAACCGAUAAAACUCUCGUUGACAACGUUUUGCAACCGCAAGAAGUAGCUCGCCUCGCUGGUUUCUCUUACGUCGUUGGUGGCCUUGGUUUGAGUGCACUUGUGUUUAUGUCAUCAGCGUCAAGAGGACAAUUGGCGUUACUUUUCUUUGGCGCUUUAUGUAAUUCAUUUUUGUACACGGGUGGUCCAUCUUUGAAAUAUUAUGGUCUCGGAGAUCUUGUCAUUCUUACAACCUUUGGCCCUUUGACGGUGCUGUUUUCGUACGUGGCACAAGGCGGGAGUAUUUCAAUUCUUCCCAUGUUGUACACUAUUCCAUUAGUCCUGAUCACAGAAGCCAUGCUUCACAGCAACAACGCAAGAGAUUUGCGAGAAGACAGGGAAAGUGGCAUUAUAACAUUGGCCAUCUUGUUGGGAGAAAGAGGUUCGUUCAUUUUGUAUGUCUUCCUUAUUUUCACUCCUUAUGUCAUUCUUACUGUUCUGGCUAUGAACUAUACUGUGGUAUUUCUGUUACCAUUUGUCACGUUACCGAUUACAUUCAACUUGGUUAAAUGCUUUCGAGAGAAGAAGAAGGACAUGCCAAAACGGACAUCGAAGCUUAAUUUGUGUCUAGGCCUCUUGUAUGUAGUGAGUUGUCUAUUGGCAGUUAAACCUUAAUUCGCAUGCAGCCAUAUUGGAUAAAAAUAUUGGAUAAAAAUAUUUUAGUAUUUUCAAGCACGCGAGAAUGCAAAAUUUAAACAAAGUUACAAGAAAACUGUGUAGUUUGAUGCAGUCUGGUGACGAUCGAGUUUAUUGCACUAAGUUGAAAAAUGGGACACAAACGGUAUCAACAAAAAGUAACAGAAAAUAUAAUUACAAAAAGGAUAAUUAAUUGGCCAAAAUUAUAAAUUUAUCUCCAAGUGAUACAAUUCGAAUUUCUGCCUAGCGUGAUAAACUAGACUAUCACUCGAAACAAACUGCGGUGUUGGCUGGACGUUUAAUUUUUCGGCAAAAUCCACGUUCCCCAAAGUCGCCUGACUUCGUUGCCAUGGUAACAACUUCGCAAAUUUGAAUACUUUUCCCACUAUAAACAUAACUGAAAGUAUAAUUCGUUUGGGUAAAAACUCUUGAAGAUCUAAUAGAACUUGGUUUUUCAAGGUGGAGCCAUGCUUAAUGGCGCUGAAUUAACUAACUAUAUUUUUUUACGUUUACAUGUAUAGAAUACAACACACAAGAGUACUAUAUGUAAUUAUGAUCUGCAACUGAUCAAACUAUUUAAACAUAGAAGCAGAGGUGAUUAAAUUACUUGAUUUCGUACUUGAGCAAA